CGUGAAUGCAGUGGCGUGCAUGUAUUUUAUCUCUCAGGCCGAGGAUAAGUGGUAGCCUGUUUUCGAGAGUGUUGACAUUUAGUGUUGGAAAAACUUCCUGAGGUCGGCAUAUUUAUGUGCCUCUGGGGUAGUGUAUGGAAGAUGUCUGGAAAGCGAGACUGGACUCCGUGGAUGAAAAAGAGAAGGGCUCCAGUGUUGUGCGCUCUGGGUGCAGUACUGCUGUGCUGCCUGCAGAGUGGCGCUUCAGUUACUGAUGAGGUGCCAGUGUUCACUGAAGAGCCGGCGUCCGUGGUGCAGAAGUUGGGAGGCGGCGUGAUCCUCCGCUGCAGCGCGCGACCAACAUCUGCCAACAUCAGCUGGCGUCUGAACGGCCAGGAGCUGCUGGAUGGAGAUCUGGGUGUCGCGUUGGGCCCCAGCAGCCUGUUCAUCCCUACACUCUCCAACCUGACUGUGGGCAGAUACCAGUGUGUGGCCAGUACCGGCGCUGGAUCCCUGGCGAGUGUUCCUGCUAACGUCACCGCUGCCAAGCUGCGGGACUUCGAGCCUGAUGACCAGCAGGAGAUCGAAGUCGAUGAAGGCAACACGGCUGUUAUUGAGUGCCACCUCCCUGAGAGCCAGCCCAAGGCUCAGGUCCGCUACAGCGUCAAACAGGAAUGGCUGGAAACAUCCAAAGGGAACUACCUCAUCAUGCCAUCAGGGAACCUGCAGAUAGCCAACGCCACACAGGACGAUGAGGGUCCGUACAAGUGUGCUGCCUACAACCCCGUCACUCAGGAGGUCAAAACCUCCACGUCCGCUGACCGUCUGCGCAUACGACGCUCCACGUCGGAAGCAGCUCGGAUCAUUUACCCGCCGGCGCCCCGUUCCAUCAUGGUGACCAAAGGCCAGCGGCUGGUGCUGGAGUGUGUGGCCAGUGGCAUCCCAACUCCACAGGUCACGUGGGCAAAGGACGGGCAGGACAUCCGUUUCCAUAACAACACCCGCUUCCUGCUCAGCAACCUGCUGAUCGAUGCGGUCGGUGAGGGAGACUCGGGCACUUACAUCUGCCGGGCGGACAACGGCAUCGGCUCGGCCAGCACUGCCAUGGUGCUCUACGACGUGCAAGUGUUUGAGCCUCCACAGGUGACCGUGGAGCUACAGCAGCAGGAGGUUGUGUACGGAGAGACGGUACGCUUCACCUGCCAGGCCCGCGGAAAACCCACUCCGUCAGUCAUGUGGCUCCACAACGCCCAGCCCCUCGCUCCGUCUCCCCGCCACCGUCUCACCUCCAGAGUGCUGCGCGUCUCCAACGUCGGCCCUCAGGAUGACGGACUCUACCAGUGCAUGGCAGAGAACGGGGUGGGCAGCUCACAGGCCUCCGCCCGCCUCAUUACAGUAUCAACAGGGAUUACAUCGCGGGGGAAGCUGCCGUCCAUCUAUCGCCCGCUCAGCCCAGACAAGGUGCUGAGAGAGCAGCCGCCUGUGAGGCCUGGAGCCACAGGCGCCAUGCUGCCUCUAGACUGCUCUGAGCUACCGGGGCAGAUAUUACCUGCAGAAGCCCCCAUCAUCCUCAGUCAGCCUCGCACUGGCAAAGCUGACUACUAUGAACUCACCUGGAGGCCAAGGCAUGAGCGAGGAGCCCCUGUGCUGGAGUACAUGAUCAAAUACAGAAAGGUGGGAGACCCUCUUGCAGAGUGGACCUCCAGCAGUAUCUCCGGCUCUCUCCAUAAACUGACUCUGGCCAAGCUGCAGCCAGACAGCCUGUAUGAGGUGGAGAUGACUGCCAAGAACUGUGCAGGUCUGGGACAACCAGCCAUGAUGACCUUCAGAACUGGAAAAGGUCGCAAAGGUCUGGGAGGACAAAAUGAUCCACCAAAAACUCCUGCUGUUCCAUCACCAAGCCUCUCUCCUCCCGAAGCCCCUGACAAGCCCACGGUCUCCACGGCGACAGAAACAUCGGCAUACGUGACUUGGAUUCCUCGUGGUAACCGCGGCUUCCCAAUCCAGUCGUUUCGGGUGGAGUACAAGAAGGUGAAGAAGGCAGGAGAGGACUGGGUGACGGCGGUGGAGAACAUCCCCCCAUCGCGUCUCUCCGUGGAGAUCACGGGCCUGGAGAAAGGUACGUCCUAUAAGUUUCGUGUGGUGGCGGUGAAUGUGAUCGGUUCCAGUCCUCCCAGUGCCCCUUCGAAGGCGUACACAGUGGUGGGUGGGAGGACACACGAACGCCCCGUCGAUGGACCCUACAUCACCUACAACGAAGCCAUCAACGAGACCACCAUCAUCCUCAAGUGGACGUACACUCCCGUAAACAACACGCCCAUCUACGGUUUCUACAUCUACUACCGGCCGACAGACAGCGAUAAUGACAGUGACUAUAAGAAGGAUGUGGUGGAGGGAGACAGAUACUGGCACUCAAUCACUGACCUGCAGCCCGAAACCGCCUACGACAUCAAGAUGCAGAGCUUCAACGAGAAGGGAGAGAGCGAAUUUGGCAAUGUGGUGAUCCUUGAAACGAAAGCUCGUCCGAAUCACCCGCGGCCUAUUCCAUCAGAGACCCCAGACUCAGGUUUGGGGCACUCCAGUGGACUGGUGCCUCGGCCCGGCGACCUCCCCUACCUCAUAGUCGGUAUUGUUCUGGGAGCCUUUGUCUUCAUCAUCGUCGCCUUCAUCCCCUUCUGCCUCUGGAGGGCUUGGGCCAAACAGAAGCAAACAUCCGACUUGUGUUUCCCUGCUGUGGCCGCUCCUGUGUCUUCCUGUCAGUACACCAUGGUUCCCCUUCAGGGACUCGCUCUGGUUGGACACUGCCCGCUGGACGCCCACAUGAACGCUCAACAUGGCGUCUACCCCGUGAACGGAGAGUACACUCCCAACGGCAAACCUCACCAGCCCAAACACUGCCUGCCAGGCCUGCAGCAGGAUGAAGUGGAUUGUGACAUGGAGUGUGACACGCUGCUGCCACAGACGGUGUCAAAUGGACAUCUGCCCGUCUACCACUACACCAACAGUGGCCCCAAUCAUCAUGAACAGACUUGCUGUUCUCCUGAUGACUCCACUGUUCAGCUCCUCGAAUCUCCCCGUCAGCGCAUCAGUUCUCACGAAAUCAGAGGCGACGGCCGCUUCUGUGGCGGAGACAGAGCAGAGGACGUCACUCAAAAGCGAGCGUCUUUCCCACUUCUUUCUCUAGAGGAUGAAGGGAUUUUCACCACGUCAUCAUCAACGGCCACAACGCCACAGUCCCACGAUACAACAAUACAGGAAGUGAGCAUCCUCCCAAAUGAAGCGUCCCUCGAGGACGAAAGGACAGCCAACACGACGGAUGCGUAAGAGUCUGAAAUGAACAGAAGAAAAUAUUUAUUUUUGUAUCACAGAUAUUUAUAUAUUUAUGCUUUUGUACAUAAGUGUCUGAGUAUACUGUAUAUAAGGUUAUUUUCAUAUUGAAAAAGACUCUAUUCAUACAUCUCCUCACACUAUGUCAUGGACAAAGGGAGUACUAUGUUGUGACGCUGAACUCUGUCCUGGGGAGGGACACAAGUUUGAGACGUUAUUCCUCAUGUGAAGAAGAGGAGGGGGUUCUCUCUGUUCAGCACUUCAUGUCUAAACCCUCCCCACUCCUCAUGUCAUUCCUCGUAGACAUCCUCCAUCCUAAAUGUUUGGACCUUAGGUACUUAGCUUUACAGAAACAAAGGGACCAUUUGAACCAGUCUGAUGCUGUUACUAUGAGGUGCUUCGUCGCUGUUUAGCCCUGUUGCGUUGUCAAAAUACAACUGUCCGUAUGUCAUUUUGUAUAGCAGUAACACAAAUGUAUUAUGCAUUGUUCAUCAUUAACAAACUAUUAACAAGUGUAUGCAACAUAAAUCAUUGUUUCAGUAGUGUACAAGAGAUUAUAUAUUGUAUAGUUAUUUAUUUUUUUGAUUUUAUGUUAUUUUUUUAAAUCACUGAAUGGGAGAGAUUCUGGAAAAUGUCUUUAACUCAGUCAUUGAUAAGCUGAACUUUAUACUGCAACCACUUCUGUGUUUACUCAUUUGCUGGUUACCAAAUGACUGCCAGGUGAGGGUGCUGUGACAAGUGUGUCAGUAUUAUUCCUCCCUCACUGGUCGGUGCAUAAGUAUUAGUCUUUGACGGAGACAUCUGCAAUCAAAAUGAAGGAGAUCCCGAAUCUACACUCCCUUUCAAGUGGAGCCGUUCUGUGGCUGCACAUGCUGGAGCACUAUUGCAUGUAAAUAAAAGCUUAUGAAAUUGA